AUAAAAUCCAACCAUCUUUCACCCGAAGAUUAAUUCUGUCUCUCUUCGUGUCAUCUCCGUUAAAUUUCCUCCACUCACAAAGAGGACACCAUUUUCUACCCUUUUGCCACCGUCUUCUUCCCCACACACCACCAUAGUUAACCACCUACAGACCCGAAAAGUGAGGUACCUUCACCGGAGUUGAACUUGGACGUAUUUAAAGUUAACUUUCAGGAUAUUAAUAAAGCAUUUGGCUUAUUUCAAGAAAGGAAAAUGUUGUCUUGUACCAUUUGGAUGGAUAAAUAAUCCUUUUUUAUUUCUCUUUACUGCAAAGGAAAAAAAAUAUGUUAUAGAACUCCUUUUUCUGAUAUCUGAAGAUUCAAUACUUAGACACUAGUUCUUUGUAUUAUUAGAGGAAAAGACUUAGGUAGUCGCUUAAAUAUGCCUAUAAGAGUAUUUUUAUCCCUUAUCUAUAUCACUAAAUAUAAAAUAUCCCUUAUCUUUAUAAAAGUGGACAAAUAUAGAGUUAAAAUAAACACUGUUAAACUAAAAACUGAAAACAUAUACGCGGGUGAAGGGAAAAUCCCUAAUUCCUUCUCUUUGCUUUGGCGCCAACACCGUUCUUCCAAUUACCUCUCUUUGCUUUGGCGCCAAAAUCAUUCUUCUAAAAUCAAAACUUUGCCAUUGUCGAUCUUUAUUCUCCAUCGCCAGCCAUGUAUAUCAAAAGGAAUGGUGAAAUAGAAGCAAGCCCAUCUUAUGCAUUAAGGUAUAUCACGGGGGGUUGAUGAAGCAUCAACCAACUAAAUAUGUUAGAGGUAUGGUCGACUACUUUGACUAUGUGAAACCAACAGAUCUUAAUAUGACAGAGUUGAGGAAGAUGGCCGACAUUUGUAGUUACGUCAAUGAUUCAGUGAUUUUCUGGCACAGAUAUGGUAAGUUUGGUAACAUAUUGAGACUAGUAUCAACUGAAGUUGAAGCUAGCCGAAUCGCAAAAUCGGUUCCCAAAGAUAAUAUAGUUGAGAUAUAAUUUGAGCAUCUGGACUAUUACUUUGAAAUGGCAGAGAUUGAACCUGAUAAUGAAGGUCAAACAAUCAACAUUCAAAAUAUGCAACAAACUAUUGGAAUUACUGAGAAACUGGCUGAAACGUCAAACUCGUCUAGUUGUGAUGAGUUUGAUGAUUCUAAAAAUGAAAUAUCAGAUUUCAAUCCAAUGCUUGAUAAGGGAGUUACUGGAAAACAACGUGUUGAAGGUGGUAGAGAGCGUAUUAGUGCCGAGGUUCAAAAGAAGUUGUCAAAUGAAGAAGGGGAUUCUGAUUGCGUGAAUUCUUCGGACACUUUAAGCUUGGAUAGUGAUUCAGACUAUGAGAGUUUUGAUUUUCCCAAGUACAAUCCUAAAACUGAUGAGAAGAAUCCCGUACUUGCUCUUGCAUAUACAUUUGAAAACAAAAAAGAGUUUAAAUAUGCUGUGGAAACUCACGAAAUAAAAGCUGGAAAGUAUAUCAAGUGGCGCAAAAAUGACAAGAUAAGAAUAAGAGGUAAGUGCAUACAUCCGACUUGUGAGUGGAAAAUUAUGGCAUCAAGAACGUACAGGGACAUGAAUUUCAAAUAAAAACUUACAACCCUGAGCAUAGUUGUAAAAAUUGGCAUCACUGUAAUAAGACGAUCACAUCUUCUUUUAUUGCGAGGAGAUAUCUGGAUACCAUCAGUUCAAACAGGGAUUUGAAUGUUUCUAAAUUCAGAGAUACAAUUAGUCGGAAACUUAAAGCUCAUGUUAGUUUACCUCAAGCUAGAAGGGCUAAAAGAAAGGCCAUUGCAUUGCUUGAUGGUGAUACUAAAGAUCAAUUUGCUAUGUUGUGGGACUACAUCGAUGAGCUUGAAAGGACAAAUCCAGGUAGUUCGAUUCAUGUGAAAUUAACAGAAAAUGAAAUAGCUAACAAGCCAUAUAUAUUUCAGAGAAUUUAUAUAUGCUUUGCUGCUUGUAAGGAAGGCUUCAAUCCCGGUUGUAGAAAGAUAGUUGGUGUAGAUGGUUAUUGGUUAAAGAGCCCGAUGUAUGGAACUCAAUUGUUAGCGGCAGUUGGACUUGAUGCUAAUAAUAACAUAUUCCCAAUAGCAUAUGCAAUUGUUGAAAAGGAAACACAUGAUACAUGGUCAUGGUUUUUGAACUACUUGUCUGUUGAUUUGGAGAUUGGUGAUCAUGGUGGUUGGACCUUCAUGUCAGAUAAGCAAAAAGGUCUUCUUGAAGCAUUUAACGAUGUGUUGCCAUUCGUCAGUCAUAGAUUCUGCGUGAGAUACCUCUAUGGUAAUUUCAGGAGGGCUAUCUUUAGUGGUUUCUCCUUAAGGAAUGCACUUUUGGCUGCUGCAAAGGCUACGACGGUGAAGUUCUUUCAUGAUCGCAUGUCUGACCUUUUAAACUUAGAUGCAGAUGCUGUUUCUUGGUUAAAUACAAACCACCAAGUGAAUGGUCUAGAUCUCACUUCAAUCCAAAUGCUAAGUGUGAUAUCUUGUUGAGUAACAUGUGUGAAUCCUUUAAUAGCAUGAUACUCGAGACCCGAGACAAGGCCAUUAUAACAUUGUUAGAGAAAUUAAGAUACUUAUUGAUGGCUCGGAUACAAGCUAACAUGGAUAAAGGAGAAAAAUGGAAUUCGGGUGAUGUUUGCCCUAGGAUCAAGGAUAUUUUACACAAAAAUGAGUCUGUAGCAGCUGCGUUUAUUCCUCAAAAAUCAAAUAAGUGGAACUAUGAAAUCCUUGGAGAGAGCAUGGAUGAUAAUUGGGAAGUGGACCUACAUAACAGAACAUGUAGUUGUAGGAAGUGGACUAUAACCGGAUAUCCUUGCAAGCAUGCCAUUUCGGCCAUUUGGGCUAAAAAUGAUGAGGUAAUUAACUACGUCGAUGACUGUUACAUGGUGGAAACAUAUAGGAGAAUUUAUGAACAUGCUAUUCUUCCAAUUAAUGGAUAACAAUUGUGGCCUAAAUCUAGUAAGAUUCCUCCUUUGCCUCCAAAGAAUGUGAAACAAAAGAGAGGAAGAAAGCAAAAAUUGAGGAGAAAGGAAUUUGGGGAAGCUGGAGCGAGUAGAACAAGGAUGAAAAGGAAGCAAACAACUAUUGAAUGUAGCAUUUGUCAUAAGCCUGGUCACAACAAGAGAACUUGCAAGUUUAGCUAUGUGGAGAGAGAAACUGACCUAAAUGAACCAGUCUUUUGGCAAUCAACUACAUCAUCACAUCCUGAAAAAUUGCCGGUAUAAUAUUUGAAUCUGAUGUAAUUUUUAAAUCGCCUUUCUAUUUACAAGUUAAAAGUUAAACCAUGUUUUCUCUAUUUUGUAGGUUAGAAUAGGAGAAGUAAAUGAGGUAAAAGUUGGAUGUUCUUCGAAUUACUUUUGCUGCUAUUUUUGGAUGAUGUUUAACUCAUGGUUGCUGCUAUUUUUCUUUUUUCUUUUUGGAAGCCGAAUUACUCAAAUAAGUUCCAUUUACAUGUUACACAUUAAACCAUAUUUCUAUAUUUUGUAGGUUAGAACAGGAGAAGUAGAACAGGGCAGUUCUCACUACUAUUGAAGACAUUCUACUGUUGGAAUUCUUAGCUGCUGUGUCGUGGACAUUGUUCUAGUCAUAUUUCAUGCUGUUUAGGAAUCGUUGAAGACCUUGAAGCAUGGAUGUUGUUGUUUGGUCAUUUUUUUUGUUGUUUCUAGUCACAAUGGAAGUGAUUCUUGUUAAAUGUUUUUACUUUUCAGAUGUUUGAACAUCAUAUACAAUAUGUCGUUCAUGUUUUGAGCAAAUUGCUAUAACUAUGUUUCAAUACUUUAAUGCAUCAUAUAAUU